UCUUCCCGCCGCCGGAUCGCGCGCAGGGUCGAGCCAUCCAGCCUGGUGCGUGCGUGCGUGCGUGCGUGCGUCGCUGCGUGCGUGCGUGCGUGCCGUGCGCUCGCCGGGCACCGCGGCCUCGCCCUCGCCCUCCGCCCCUGCGCCUGCACCGCGUAGGCCAACCCCCCCGCGCGCGCCCGCAACGACCCCCGCCCGCGCCCCGGCCGGCCCCCCCUUUCCAAAUUUAAAGGGGGCGCAGCAUUAACGCCUCCCGCCUCAGGUGACCUCCCAGGGGUCUCCCCGCCAGAGGUGUCCGGCCGCGGAGGAACAUGGCGAAGGUGGAGCAGGUCCUGAGCCUCGAGCCGCAGCACGAGCUCAAAUUCCGAGGUCCCUUCACAGACGUUGUCACCACCAACCUGAAGCUUGGCAACCCGACAGACCGCAACGUGUGCUUUAAAGUGAAGACCACGGCACCGCGUAGGUACUGCGUGAGGCCCAACAGCGGGGUCAUCGAUGCAGGGGCUGCCAUCAAUGUCUCCGUGAUGUUACAGCCUUUCGAUUAUGAUCCCAAUGAGAAAAGUAAACACAAGUUUAUGGUUCAGUCUAUGUUUGCUCCAAGUGACACUUCUGAUAUGGAAGCAGUAUGGAAGGAGGCAAAACCGGAAGACCUUAUGGAUUCAAAACUUAGAUGUGUGUUUGAAUUGCCAGCAGAAAAUGAUAAACCACAUGAUGUAGAAAUAAAUAAAAUUAUAUCCACAACUGCAUCAAAGACAGAAACACCUACGGUGUCUAAAUCUCUGAGUUCUUCUUUGGAUGACACUGAAGUGAAGAAGGUGAUGGAAGAAUGUAGGAGGCUGCAAGGUGAGCUUCAGAGGCUCCGGGAGGAGAACAAGCACUUCAAGGAAGAAGAUGGACUCCGGAUGAGGAAGGCGGCACAGAGCAACAGCCCUGGCCCUGCGCUGGCCAUGGCUGGCAAGGAGGAGGGCCUGAGCAGCCGGCUCCUGGCGCUGGUGGUCCUGUUCUUCAUCGUCGGGGUGGUCAUAGGGAAGAUCGCUUUGUAGAGGCCGCGAAGACGCGGGCCAACCGGUCGGGUGACGGCCCGCCAUGGCGUGGGAUUUAAAUUUAUCAUAACCGUGUACACAAAGAAAUUAAUGUAUGAUGACA